AUGCCCAAGGCUUCCCUGUUCCGCCUUCGUGUUGCCACAGGAAUGAGCCCGGGGCGAGGCUGCUCCUCCCCACGAAGUGUUGGAGACGGAGCCAUGGCCACCUCGCAGCGAGAGGCAAACCCUCUCUCCCCUGAUGGGGAUCGCUCUCCUGCCCGCCAUCGCUCUCCCGCGCCCGCCUCCUUUUCACUUCCUUGCCAGGGAGAGGCGCCGGGACGCCGACGGUUCCGCAGAGCAGCCGCCGCGGUCGCCCAUCUCUGCGGACUGCUGCUGAACAGAAAAAGAUAUAUUGAAAGGAGUCAAGCAGUGCAAUGGGCAACAUUUUAUCUGGAGAGGCAGAUGAACUUCAAAAGUGACUACUUGUUCAAUGUCAGUGAUUAUUCUAAAAAACAAUUUCCAAAGAAAGGUUUUGAAAAGCUUAAGCGUCUGUUACAUAUUUGUCCGAACCAAAGAAGGCAGGAAGACAUUCUAAAGAUACAAGCAUGUUUGAAGACAAACAGAGCCUUUCAGUGCUUGCCUAGCGAAACACAACUCCAGCUGUGCCAAGCUUUCAUCUACCAAGAGUAUGAAGCUGGGACAAUCAUUAUCAGUCAAGGACACGUAGCAACGGAAUGCUAUUUAGUGUUGUCUGGAAAACUGAAAAUCGUUAUAGAUGAUGCAACGAUUUUAACCCCUGAAACAUUAUAUGAAAUUGAAGAGGGGAAUUUUAUAGGGGAAACCUGCCUGUUGACUAAUACAAGACGCCCUGCUUCAGUUAUAUGUAAAUCUGAUUCAGAACUUGCUGUGAUUGACAAGGAGGAUUUUAAAUAUAUCCUUGCCAACUUACGAUGUGAGCAACACCGCACAACUUGUCUCUUUUUAAGAAACCUUCCACUGUUUUCUACAUGGCCAUCAGGAAAAAUAGACCACCUUGUCCAUUGCUGUCUAUGGAAAUUUUACAGGGCUGGUACAACUGUUUUAGCUGACACCCUGAACUCUUACUUUCUGGUUAUUGUGAAAUCAGGCCGUUGCACGGAGGCAGCAAAGCUGGAUCCAGAGACAAUUAGCACCCGGGAUGCUCCACUGAGAAUGACACAUAGAUAUACAUCUGAAAAACAAAGGCCACAGGUAGCUUCAUUAGCUCCCCGUUUCCUAAAGAUUAGGAAUCUUGAACAAAGUGAUAUUUUUGGAUUGACCGAAAUAAUGGACAAAUUCUGUGACCUUCAACUCAGUUUGAUCAGCGAAGGAGCAGAGUGCAUAUUAAUUCCCAAAAGACUUUUUCUUGAGGAAGCACCCCUUAAAUCCAGGCAGAUAGCUCUAGAGAUGGCGAACAGCUGCCCCACAAAGAGUACGAUCCAGGAGAGCUACAUUAUACAUCAACUAUGGAGCACCUACAAGUUGCAACUUGUUAAACAACACCUUGAAAGGCGUGGUAGGCUACCUUCAGCAAAUAUUAGUGGCUAAUUGGCAUGUUUGGUGGACAGCCCUAAGUUUUCUGGAUUGCUAAGAAAAUUUGUUAUUAUAUUUCAGUUCUGCUUAAAUUAAUGAUCAAAGCAUUUUGCACGGCGUCUGAAUAAAAACACAUAAAACCUAAUAAAAAUCAGCAUUUAGACAAAAUGUCACAGCUAUAACUAACAGAUUUGCCAACACUCUAUCCCCAGUACAAUGGCCUGAAUAUGGCACAGGUCUGCUGAUUAUGAAAGACAACAGAGCCUAGCCUGGGGAUUCUUGCUUCUCUUAGCAUAGCUUUACCAGUUUAGAGACAACGAUUGGUUGAUGCAGGAUCACAAGUGUAUAUUUACAGUACAAAUGUUGCUUUUAUAUUGAUUUAACUGCCAUGGCACCCCUGAAAGAAUCCUGUAGCUAUACCUUGGUCAGGGUUUUGAGAAUACAUUUUGGUGGUAAUUUCUUCAUUAUGCAUAAUAGGGAAGCGGGUGGCGCUAUGGUCUAAAAACCACCGAGUCUCUUGGGCUUGCCAGUCAGAAGGUGGUGAGCUCCCGUUGCUCUGUCCCAGCUCUUGCCAACCUAGGAGUUUGAAAGCAUAUCAGCGUGAAUAGAGAAAUACGUACUGCUGCAGCGGGAAGGUAAACAGUGUUUCU